AUGGCACGUGUUACCGUUGCUUCUGUCAUGCUGAUAAUAAGUUUUUUCCAGCGUAAGACACUAUUUUCCACUAGCUUGGCAAGUGGACAACCAGAUGCAGUAGAUGAUCUUGGGCUACAUAAUAUUCUGUGGAUUACCAAGCAUGAGUCAAGAGUUAUCUUGUCCUGGAACAAUAACCUGACAGAAGAAGAAACUGAGAAUUACACUGUGAAGUAUAUUUUGAGUUAUAAAUUCUUCAAUACCACUCAUGAAAGAAAAGAAAGACUGCAGGAGAAGAAAAAGAUAAUACGUCUUGAGUUACAUUCUGGUUUUAAUGCUAAAGUUAAAACACAACUUCUUGCAAAAGAAACAGAAGACAUAAUUAAGGAGAGUGGCUGGACAGAAUUUACUUACAAGGCACCUCCAGUAUAUAUUCAGAAUCUUUCAUGCAUCAUAUAUAACAUUUCUUUUUUCAAUUGCACCUGGCAUAUUAAAACAGAAGCUCCUGAAGAUACCCAGAUCUUUUUUUCAUACAGACACGUAGGAAAAGAUUUUGAAUGCCAGCAAUAUAUAAAAAAUGCAAGGAAGAAAAAUAUUGGAUGCCAUAUGAAAGAGAUAUAUUUCCAACCAUCAAGAAAAAUCAAUUUAAACAUAACUGUAAGAGAUCUGAGAAAUAAUUCAGGAGGACUGUCUUAUUACAAAGCUUUUGUACCUCAGACAAUAGAGAAACUGAACCCGCCGAUCAACGUCUCUGUUUCCCUUGAAAACAGAAGUAUUAUAAUUCACUGGAAACCCCCGCCUACUAUUGGUUCUGCAAGAAGCAAGUGCUUUUUGUAUCAAGUGAAAAUAACAGAUCGUAAGAUUGUAGAUGUCACUGCAGAGAAAUAUGAGUAUCCGUUUCAUAAACCAGCAAAAAAAUGUGCAGCACAAGUGAGGGUAAAGAAAGAUGUAUGCAUAAGAAACAAGAUUUGGAGCGAAUGGAGUGAACCAGUGUUUAUUCACAGUGAAAAGACAGUGGAUGUCAUGCUGCUAAGCCUCACCUUGUUUUGCCUCCUGAUUUUCCUUGGAGGUUUGCUGAUAUGUGCAUUUAGAAGGUAUAGAUGCCUGGAAGUUAUAACCACACCUGUUCCACAUCCUUCAGAUAAUAUCAAAACUUGGUUAGCUGCAGAUGAGACUCACCACCAGAAACAAAUGUCAAUGCAAAUGGAGAUGCACUCAGAGGUUACUAUGGGAACACCAGAAGAGAACGGAGACGAGAUCAUUCUCAAACAGUGGAGACGUUUGAAGGCAUCUGGAUUAGAAAACCCGUAGGGAGGAUGCACUUUUUUUAUCUAUAUGCAAGAGUUACCUUUCUGUGAGGUGGACAAUAUUUUGACAGAUCUAAGAAAAGCUGAUACUGGAGUUUGUCUGAGCCCAAUAAUUUGAAAUAUUUUGAGCUCUGACAUUGUGCAACUCUUAAAAUGAGCUUUGGAUCACAAAGGCAAAACAGUACCUUGCAGUUUGUCUCUACUACUGAUCUUCAGCCCAGUAAAAUCACAGCACCUCAGACAAUAUGAUCUAAUAUUGAAGUCCGCUUGGGUUAAAAUGGAAUUGGAGUUAGUGUUUCGUAAU